UUAUUUAUUUAAUUAUUCCAUAUCGAACACGUACAUCAUCUCCAAACUCAUAAGAACAUGACUCAGUGAUACCACUACCAGAACUAGAACAUGACCACAAGACACACAAAAGAUGAAACGCUUUACACGAAACCGGACUAGAAUAUAACGGAACUCAAAUUAGCCGGAGAUUUGAAUAGACUUGACAUCAGCCUUCUUCGUCUCCGCCUUUGGCACCGUCACAGUCAGAACACCAUUCUCCAUCGCAGCCUUAACCUGAUCCAUCUUCACAUUCUCAGGAAGCCUAAACUUCCUCGUGAACUGCCCGCUCGACCUCUCCACACGGUGCCACGUGUCGUUCUUAUCCUCUUUCUCCACGUGUCUCUGACCACUUAUCUUCAACACGCUAUCAUCCUCUAUCUCCACUUUCACUUCCUCCUUCUUAAGUCCAGGCAAGUCGGCCUUAAACACGUGCGCCUCAGGUGUCUCCCUCCAGUCCACACGUGCGUUCACAAUCGCAGAGUUCUCCCGAGAGAAGGAGGAAGAUGAUGGAAAGUCCUUGAACGGAUCCCAAACGUCAAGAGAGAAAGGAUCGAAGAAGCUGUUGCUUCCACGUCUGUUGUUACCAAAGAAGCUCGGAAUCAUCGACAUUUUCGAUCGCUGUUACAAGAAGUAGAUUGCUGGAAUCGAUUGCUUUGUUCUCUUAACUGAUAAUUUUUUCAACUUCUGAGAGAUCAGUGAGCAUCGAAGAAUCUAUUUAUAGGAACAUAUAGAAAUCUCUGGAGCGUACACGAAAACGAAACAUCUGGAGGCUACAAUGCAAAAGAUGUGUGAAUCCAGAAACUUCCAGUAGGUCCGCGGAGGAAUACAAGUUUCUUUCGUUCUUUUUCGUGUCUUAGCCUUAAUGGGCCUUAAUGGGCUUUAUUAGUAAGUCUACACUGGGCUUAAUCGAACUUGUCGGUUAUUAUGAAUUAUGAUAAUUCUUUGGUCUAAAAGAAGCAGCUGGAAAUCCAAGGGUGGGUAGAGAGAGAGAGAGAGAGAUCCAGCAAGAGUGGGGUCAAAAUGUGUGACGAAACUCCCGCGUCCGUUAAAGAAUCUCCAUCGUACGAUUCUUCCUUUUUUACUAAAUCCGUCGGCCACCAAAAAGAUGAUCUCUCUCUCUCUCUCUCUUUUCUUUUUUCCCCUAAAUUAAAAGAAUUAGUAAUUAACUACUCCACUAAAAUCUCUACACUCUCUACUUGUCCCCCCUCCUUUCUCUCUCUAUCUACAACAACAACAACAAAGAAACAAUCUUUCUCUCUCUCUUUAGUUACUCUCUACGCUUUUAAGCGCUUCGUAGGUGAUAGGGUCAGCAUCGUCGGCGCGAUUCCCGGUUCCUGAUUUCACGGGUGAUUAGGGAUCUGUUUCUCCCCUCCUCGUAAUUGCUGUUACUCACCCCCCUGAUUAGUUCCAUGGCUGCUUCCUCUGGUUUACACUGAUUCUGACCAGGAAACCCUCCAGAGCAUUGUUAAGGUUCUUCAGCUGAAUCGGAGACUUUAAGGAAUGAUCUGAGUGAAUAAACGUUACAAAUGGAGUCUCGUUUUGAGCUUAAGAAGGGUUCAAGUGAUAGACCACCUCCCUUUGUACCUGCUGAGAAGAAGGAAACCCAAAAAUCAUAUCUACCUGCUAAGUUCAGAGACGAAAAACGCGCCUUAUCUUACUCCGAUUUCCACCGAGAGAUCACCAAAAAGGUUGAAGACGUAUGUCCCAAACGCCUGGAGAAUCGACUCAAGUCACGGAUAGGUAGAACCGCUUCGGGUGAAAGAGACCUUGUGAAGUACAAGUCCUAUGUGCCCAGUUAUGUUAAGAAAUGUGACAAGCCUGAAGUUAGAGACGUUAAAGCUGGUUCAGGUGAUGUAAGGAUUAGACAGAUUGAUAAUAAUAAGCAUACAAGGUCUUCCUUGUCCAACACAAGCACAUCUUCAUCGCUUUGGACUGAUGAAUCAUCCACUGAUUCCAGCAAAGGUCUGUGUGGUUCUCCUUUCCGCAAAAGGAUUAAUCACCCUCCUCUGCAGUAUUAUCUCAUGUCAUCUAAGCCAGGAGAUUGCUCUCAAGACUCCGAGCAGCCGCCUCUAGAUAAUGGUCAAGGGGAUGCCACUAAAAGAGAUGUUGUGCAGUUUCAUCAAAGCCCACGUGGAACUGGUUUCUUACAGAAUGAGAAGAAAGAUUCUGAUGUUAAGAUUGUUCCUAAAACCAGAACUUUCUUGAGUCCAUCAAAGCCUGAGAGUCCUUCUUCAGCCACGAGGGUGAUAUCAAGGAAUCUAGCCGAUGAUUUUAAAAAGAAAGGAGAGAAGCUGGAUGAGAGAAUCCGAAACCCUCGUGUUCAUGACAUGUUUGGUAAAGAAAAGCCUGCUGCUGCUGUGUUUGUACCAGGGAUUGUUUCUCAGAAACAGAUUCUCGGUUUGUCCAAAUUCUAUGACUCAAAAGUGUUGCUAGCUGAGCGAGUAGCAGAAGCUAAUAGAAAGGGGUUCCCAGAGAGGUUAACGUAUGGACAAGUUUCAGUUCUGGACUCUGAUCUAGGCCAUUUCCGACGUGAAGCUGAUAAUGGAAGUAAGCCGUUUCUAAAGCGUAUCAACUUCUUGAGUGCAGAGAAAAACAGAUCAAGCUCAGCUCCACGAUCAAGAAAGUCUGAAUCUAGUCCCUCCAGGAGCAGGACUUUAGACAGAAGGUCAAUAGAAACACUGCACAAACAGUCAGAUCAGAAGCCAGUUAAAGUUGUACAAGAAAGAGCAAGGAGCAUUUCACCGUUUCGCCGACUCAGCUUCAGCAUUGGGAAGUCAAGCAAAAACUCCAACACCGGAGACGCUCAGACUCCUUCUCACAUAAGCACAGCUAAUUUAGACAAUCGUUCUACGUCUUCUCUCAGUGAAAGCUCGUCUUUGGAUAGCACUAGUGCAGCAAACAGAGGCAGGUCUAGUCCCUUGAGAAGGUUGCUUGACCCGCUGAUAAGACCAAAAUCAAGCUAUGCUUGUAGGUCUCCUGAGCCAUCACUAAAGGGUGCACAGAAGCAUAUUCUUUCUGACAAUCAAUCAUCUCCUUCAAGCCCUCUGUCAAGAAACGGGAAAUCUUCAACUACUGUUCAAGCUCUUUUUCGUGUGACGUCUAAGAAUGAUCAGCCACUCUUCACUUUCGCGGUCGACAAGGAACAGAGUAUUACAGCAGCCACAAUAAGAAAGCAGAUGAUUCCUGAAAAGGAAGAAUGUGGGCAUAAGUACACGUUUUUCACUGUUCAGGAAGUGCAGAAGAAAAAUGGAAAAUGGAUGAACCAUAGUAGGAAGGUACAAGGGCAAGAGUACACAUCCAACAUUGUAGCUCAGAUGAGAGUCUCGGGUUCUGUUGAUAACUUCUUAACCAGAGAAUAUGUACUCUUCGCAUCCGAGUCACAGCAGCAGCGGGCUAAUGAUCUAGCUGCCAUGGUGAUCAAGAUCCCGACCUCAACCACAAAUGGAGAUUACUUUGCAGACGUUAACACAACAGUGGUGCUUCCUAGUGGGAUUCACAGUCUCCCACACAAAGGAGGGCCUUCCUCGCUGAUCCAAAGAUGGAAAUCAGGUGGUUCAUGUGACUGUGGAGGUUGGGACAUGGGCUGCAACCUUAAAAUCCUCACUAAUGAAUCUAACAAACCAGAAAACCUCUCUGCCUCCACUUCAGAUGCCUUCAAGCUUUUCUGUCAGGGAGGAUUACAUGAUAGUAACAACCAACCAUUCUUGAGUUUCACUCCAUACAGAGAAGGUGUUUACGCUGUUGAGUACAAUACAUCACUCUCACUCUUACAAGCAUUCUCCACAUGUAUAGCUGUCAACGAAGGACGGAACCUGUUAAAGACAGUGGAACCAAACACUUCGCGUGAGGUGUCAUCGAACGAAAGGUUGAAGACAUGUUCAGGUCCUAUUGAAGGUGAGGCUCCGGGAAAGUAUGUCUCACACCCACCUGUGUCUCCUGUUGGGAGGGUUUAACUAGUUACUUGCUUCUCUAAAUAAUCGGCUUAUAUAUAUAUAAAUAUUGUUAGUCUAUGAUGGGUUCGUAUUUUCUAUGUAAUUACCGUGUGGGAGUAGUUUACGUUAUAUAGAUCAUUUUGUGAAACCUGUUUUAAUUGAAUGAACAUCCAUCCAUUAUUAAUAUUUAAGCAAAUAAAACCACUUGUUUAGUUUAUUCUUUUACUUUGUUGAUCAAAACC